AUGAAAAAGAAUUAUCAGCAUGUCUUUGCCUUCGAUUUUGCUAUUGAUGAGAUCAACAAAGAUUCAAACCUUCUACCCAAUUUUACUCUGGGGUUCCAGAUCUACGAUAAUAUGUUCCAAGCACGAUUAAACUAUGAUAUCACACUGUCCUUGCUGUCAGCAAAGAAAAACAGCUUCCCUAAUUCCAUGUGCGGAAGGCAAAAGAAGAUGUUGACAGUCAUUGGAGCACUUGGCUCUGAAGCUUCUAUGCAGAUAGCCACUAUCUUAAGCCUCUACCAGAUCCCACAGCUCAGUUAUGGCUCAUUUCACCCAGGACUGAGCGAUAAAACCUAUUUCCCUUUUACCUACCAAAUGGUCCCAAACGGCAAUACCCAGAGUGAAGGGAUAGUGCACUUGAUAAAAUAUUUGGGAUGGACAUGGAUUGGCCUUGUUGUUUCAGAUGAUGACAGUGGUGAACGUGCUGGGGAGGAGGUAUUCUUUAAUGAAAACAUGGAAUUUUCUACUGGAUCAUAUGAUAUUGUUAACUUGGUUACUUUUCCAAAUAAAUCUUUCAUCCGAGUAAGAGUUGGAAUGGUAGAUUUCCAGUCUUCUUCUAAUGAAAAAAUUACCAUUAAGAAGGAUGCCAUUAUAUGGCCCAACAUCUUCAACCAAACAUUGCCCUAUUCAAUGUGCACUGAGAGAUGUCCCCCUGGAUACCACAGAAAAGUUCGUGAGAGUGAACCAUCUUGCUGCUAUGAUUGUUCUCAGUGCCCAGAGGGGACCAUUUCACACCAGACAGAUGCAUAUGAGUGUGAAACAUGCCAAGAAACUGAACAUCCAAACAAGAAACGAAACAGAUGUAUCCCUAAGGUUACAACUUUUCUAGCCUAUGAUGAACCUUUAGGGAAAGGGUUGGCUUCCACUGGACUUACUUUUGCUCUCUUCACAGUCCUGGUGCUUGCAACCUUCAUUAAACACCAGAAGACACCAGUUGUCAAAGCCAACAACCGGAGCCUUACCUACCUUCUGCUAAUCUCCCUUUUGCUUUGUUUCAUUUGCUCCUUGCUGUUCAUUGGACGACCCACAAUAACAACCUGCCUUUUCCGACAAGCUGCUUUUGGAAACAUCUUUUCUCUUGCACUUUCUUGUGUGUUGGCCAAAACAAUCACUGUGGUUGUAGCAUUUAUGGCCAGAAGUCCUGGAAGCAAGAUGAGGAAAUGGGUGGGCAAGGGACUAUCCAACUAUAUUAUCCUUUUUUCCUCUCUUAUUCAAGUUGUCAUCUGUGCCAUCUGGCUAUUCACAUCUCCGCCUUUCCCAGAUCUUGAUAUGGUCUCACAGUCUGGGCAGAUUGUAGUGCAAUGUAAUGAAGGCUCAGAUACCAUGUUUUACAUGGUCCUGGGCUACAUGGGCUUUCAGGCCAGUAUCAGCUUCACAAUGGCCUUCCUAGCCAGAAAGCUGCCUGACAGUUUCAAUGAAGCCAAGUUUAUUACCUUUAGCAUGCUGGUGUUUUGCAGUGUUUGGCUAUCCUUCAUUCCAACCUAUCUGAGCACCAGGGGAAAAUACAUGGUGGCUGUGGAGAUCUUCUCUAUUUUGGUGUCCAGUGCUGGGUUACUUGGUUGCAUUUUUGCCCCCAAAAUGUUCAUUAUUUUACUAAGGCCAGAAGUAAACACAAAGAACAACUUCUUUAGGAAAAACAAUUUCACAAAAUAA